AUGUGGCCCUUCUCAAGUGCACCGACACCCCAAGACCCGCCCCCACCCUCGGCGUGCCCCGUCGACCACGACACCCGCUCGGCCUGGCUCGACCGCCAGAACACCGCCAACUCGCCUCCACCACCACCCGCCAAGCACUCGUUCCCGGCACCCAAGAGCGACACCGACCCGCACGCCCACCUCCUCAGCACUGAGCGCGAGGUGUCGUCCAUCCCGCGCUGGUUGCCACCCACCUCGUCCUCGUCCUCGUCCUCGACUUCGGCCGCACCCGCACCAGCACCCGCCUCGACCGCCGCCGAUGCGCCGCCCUCGGCCUGCCCGAUGCACGAGUCGGAGCGAGCAGCCGCCGUCCCCUCCGAGGACAACUGGGUCUACCCCUCGCCCGCCUCGUUCUACUCGGCCCUCGAGCGCAAGAACCGCAACCCCAACGCCCGCGACAUGGGCAUCGUCGUCCCGAUCCACAACGCCGUCAACGAGCGCGUGUGGAACCAGGUCCUCGACUGGGAGCGCGAAGCCCUCGGCCUCCCGCACGGCGUCGACCCGGGCUCCAAGCUCGUGUCGUUCGUCGGCAAGCCCAAGGAGGUCAGCCCGCGUGCGAGGUGGAAGACGCUCAUCGGGUACACGGCCCCGUUCGACCGCCACGACUGGCUCGUCGACCGACCCGUCGUCCCUCCCUCGACCUCGUCCCCCUCGUCCUCUACCACCGACGCCUCCUCCACCGACCCCUCUCAGCCCUCGUCCGUCCGCGUGCGCUACGUCAUCGACUUUUACACCGGCCGCGGCACGGGCCUCCUCGCCCCUCCCGCUCCUCCCUCGUCCUCCUCCUCCUCCUCGGCUCCCGCACCCGAGGCCAACUUCCGCCCCAACUUCGCCUUCUUCAUCGACUGCCGCCCGGCGCUCGACGGCUGGGAGGGCAUCCGCAUGCGGUUCAACCGGUACUGGGGGCUCGGCGCGGCCGAGGCGGGCGCCGGUACGGGCGCGCCGGGGCAGCAGGCGCGGCGGUAG